AGUUCUUCGUUUUUCUCCGGUUAGGUAACAUCGAGGCGCUCCCUUGAGGUCGCCCUUUGAACUUCACGUUGUGUAGCAUGCAGUGGGUAGGAAAAACUGUGCGCUGGACACUAAGGAACAAUAAUCUGCUCAUCAAACCACAAGUGUUCGUAAACGUGUGCACGGCUAGAAACAUGUCGACUGAAGAGGCAGCCAAAAGACCCAUCACUUUACUGGGGACGAUGGCGUUUGGCGGCCGAGCUAACGCAGAGCAGAGCCGGGAGAUGGUGCAGGCUUUCCUGGGCAGGGGGCACAGCCGAGUGGACACAGCGUUCAUGUACGUGGACGGCAAGUCAGAAGAGGUGAUCGGAGGCAUGAAACUACCCAAAACUGUGAGUCUAGCCACCAAAGCAAACCCGUGGGAUGGUAAGACACUGAAGCCAGAGAGUGUUCGUGCUCAGUUGGAGACGUCGCUCCAGAGACUGCAGGCCGACUGUGUGGACCUGUUCUACCUCCACGCCCCCGACCACAACAACCCCAUCCAGGACACACUCCGAGCCUGCAAUGACCUGCACAAAGAGGGGAAAUUCAAGGAGCUCGGCCUGUCGAACUAUGCUUCUUGGGAAGUGGCUGAAAUUGUGAGCAUCUGUAAACACAACAACUGGAUUGUUCCCACAGUGUAUCAGGGGAUGUACAAUGCAACAACAAGGCAGGUGGAAACUGAGCUAUUUCCAUGUCUCAGAUACUUUGGCAUGAGUUUCUAUGCUUAUAAUCCUCUUGCAGGUGGACUUCUAACAGGUAAAUAUCACUAUGAAGAUAAGGACGCCUCUCAGCCUGAAGGACGAUUCUUUGGGAACAGUUGGGCAGCAGCGUACAGGGACAGAUAUUGGAAGCAGAGUCAGUUCGAUGCCAUAACUCAGGUGCUGAAGACUUUAGAGGAGGUUUAUGGAGCAGACAAACCAAGUCUGACAUCUGCAGCCAUGAGAUGGAUGUACCACCAUUCAAAACUGAAGGGAGAUUUAGGAGAUGGCGUGAUCAUUGGGAUGUCCAACAUGGAGCAGCUGAAGCAGAACUUGGACGCAGCUGAAGAGGGACCUCUGGAUGAACGCGUGGUCUCUGCUUUUAAUGAGGCUUGGAACAGAGUCGCCCAUGAGUGCCCCAACUAUUUCCGCUGACACUCUCCACAACUAGAGCCUUGUGAUAUAAACCGCCAAUAAGACUGUAUUAAAGAAAUCCUACAGAUUUUUUUUUUUAGAUAUUCCAAGCAAGUUCUAGUUUGUGAAUUCUGUGAAGUUUGACAAUUGCAAUAAAACCUAUUGGGUUUGAUUCAAGAAUCCCAUAGAGAAUAAGCUUGAGCUACUAGGGCCCACGACUAACACCAAGUCCAGAUUUGAUAACACUUAUGUGUUUUACUAAUGUUACACCAUAGUUAAUUACAAUGAUUCGUGUUUUCCAAGACACGAGUAAUAAAGUCCUAUAUUUUCUGAAGAA